AUGGAUCCUGUAAAUAUGUGGAAAUCAUCAUCAGAAACAACAGCAACAACAUCUACGACAACAACAACAACAUCGGCGACAACAACAACUUGUAAUGAAAAUGGUAGUAAUAGUAUACAAGAUAAAGCUACAAGUAGUUCAUCAGAUUCACAAAUAAAUUUUUCAUCAUCAUCAAUACCACCUGGACCUGAUCCAAAUAAAUUAAAAGCAAUAUUGGAACGCACAAAUUAUCCACAUCAAGUAACCGCGGGUCAAAGAAAAUAUGGUGGUCCACCUUCAGAUUGGCAAAGUAUGGCACAACCACCAAUUGGUUCGGAAAUAUUUGUUGGUCGUAUACCAAAAGAUGUUUAUGAAGAUGAAUUGAUACCAUUAUUUGAAAAGAUUGGUAAAUUAUGGGAUCUACGUUUAAUGAUUGAUCCGGUAUCAUCACAAUCACGUGGUUAUGCAUUUAUUACCUAUUGUAAUAAAGAAGAUGCACAAAAAGCUGUACAAGAACUAAAUGGAUACAAAAUACGUUCGAAAGGCUCAUAUUCACUUAAAGUAAACAUAUCAGUGCCAAAUUUAAGGCUCUUUAUUGGAAAUAUACCGAAAGUAAUGAGUAAAGAACAAAUUUUUACAGAAUUUAAUAAAGUAACCGAGGGGUUAACCGAAGUAAUAAUUUAUAGUUCACCGGAUGAUCGUAAAAAGAAUCGUGGUUUUUGUUUUCUUGAAUUCGAUAGCCAUAAAAAUGCAUCAGCUGCUAAACGUAAAUUAACAACAACUGGAAUGAAAAUAUUUAAAAGUGACAUUCUAGUUGAUUGGGCUGAUCCACAAGAAGAACCAGAUGAAGAGACAAUGUCAAAAGUUAAAGUACUCUAUGUUCGUAAUUUAACAAAUGAUGUUUGUGAAAAUGAUUUGAAAGAAUUAUUUGAAGAAUAUGGUGCAGUGGAAAGAGUGAAAAAAAUCAAAGAUUAUGCUUUUGUACAUUUUGAAGAUCGUACACAGGCAUUGAAUGCAAUGAAUGAAUUAAAUGAUAAAGAUUUUGGCGGUUCAUGUAUUGAAAUUUCAUUGGCAAAACCACCAUCUGAUCGUAAAAAGAAAGAAGAAGUUUUACGUAAUCGUGAAAGAAGAAUGAUUCUAAUGAUGCAACAGAAACAAUUAAUGAUGACUUAUCCAAGAGUGCCUCAAUCACAAAUUCGUCCACCGAUUCCUUCCAUUCCUCCAUUAGCUACAACACCAAUUCUGCCGAUGAGUAGUAGAAAUGUUCGAAAUCGUUUUCAACAGCCUUUUAAUCCAAUGUUACCCGUAACAUAUAAUAGACAAAAUCCAAAUGCCUGGAAUCCACUUAUGUUUUAUGAUCCAUCGGAUUGGUGGUAUGGACCACCAAAUCGUGGACCACCACCACCACCUCAUCAUCAUCAUCAAUUUAAUUUUCCAUGUUCAAAUGUUCCACCUAAUUCGGCUGCUGCCGCAGCAGCAGCAGCAGCUGCAGCAGCGGCUUCCCAAUGGAAUGCAUAUGGUGGUCUAACAAAUGGCGGUGGACAAGUGCCUCCAGCAACAACAAUGUCACCAUAUUGUCCAACGAAUGCGAAUGCAAAUGGACCACAGAAUAAUAAUCGACGUAAUACUAAUAAUGGUACGGCUGGUCAUUCAAAUGGACAAUCAGCAGCAGCAGCUGCUGCUGCUGCUGCAGCGGCCGCUGCUGCUGCUAUGAUGAAUGCAGCCGCAACCGGAACAGUUUUAUCUACAUCCAACAAUAAUAAUGGUAAUAAUAAUAGCAAUUCAAUGUCAAAUCGUAAAUGGAGAGGAGGAAAAUCAAAUCAAAAUAAUACAACAACAUUGAUAAAUAGCAGCAAUAAGAGACAAUAAUUUUUUUUUCGAUCAAUUGAUUCGAUUUGCUGUCCAACAAUCAAUUAUCAACAAUUAUGCCUGAGAUACUCAAUCUUUAUAAUUAUAAUAUAAUAUAUACUGAUUGCUCCACGAAAAUUCUACAACGAAUUUAUGAAUGAAAUGAUUCGUUGCCACACGUAUGCUUGUAUUUUUUUUCAAU